CAGCAGCCACGUGUACUACUGCUCAACCAAUUCAUAAACUAUGGACAAUAACAAGUUAAUCAUUUCAUCAUAAACUCCCUCGUUCGUUUAUCUGAGUUUCAAAAAAUCUUGUUACUAUCAACAUAAAAUGGCUACCACAAGAGUUCGACAAAUUCUGUUCAAUAAAGGAUUACAAAUUGGUUGGAAACCGCAGUAUUUCACGUCAAAUGUGAAAUAUUAUUGUUGUCAGGUACAACAGAAUUAUGAGUUCAUCAAGGUAGAAACUGCUGGCGACAAGAAAAAUGUUGGUUUGAUUACGUUGAACAGACCAAAGGCUUUGAAUGCUCUUUGUAACAAAUUGAUGACUGAAUUAAACGAUGCUGUGACAAAACUUGAUACAGAUGACAGUGUCAGUGCUAUAGUCCUUACUGGCAGCGAAAAAGCAUUUGCAGCUGGAGCUGAUAUCAAGGAAAUGCAAAAUAACAGCUAUUCGCAAACUAUUAGAGGAAAUUUCCUCGCUCACUGGGACGGCAUUACACGAAUUUCAAAACCUGUGAUUGCCGCGGUAAAUGGAUAUGCUUUAGGCGGAGGCUGUGAAUUGGCAAUGAUGUGUGAUAUCAUCUAUGCCGGAGAUAAGGCAAGAUUUGGCCAACCAGAAAUAAUCAUUGGUACCAUACCUGGUGCAGGUGGUACUCAAAGAUUAACUAGAGUUAUUGGCAAAAGUAAAGCGAUGGAAAUGGUACUAACAGGAAGUCAAAUCACUGCUGAAGAGGCAGAGAAGAGCGGUUUGGUUAGCAAAGUCUUUCCAGCAGAUAAGCUUGUUGCUGAAGCAAUCAAACUGGGUGAAGUGAUUUCUUCUCACUCUCAGUUAAUUGUUGCCAUGGCCAAGGAAUCUGUUAAUACUGCAUAUGAAACUACCUUGAGGGAAGGACUCCACUUUGAAAAGAGAAUGUUCCAUGGAACAUUUGCAACUGCUGAUAGAAAGGAAGGAAUGACUGCUUUUAUUGAAAAAAGACCACCCAAGUUUAACAAUCAAUAAAAGGUAUUUACAUAAUCUUUAUUCUAGUAUAUGUCUACAACCAACAAAACAACGACCAAAUAUAUUCAUGGAGAACUUUUAUUUAAUAGCUACCUUUACAUCUAAUAUCAUGAUUCUUGAGUGUGAUACAAUUAACAGUUCAUACCAGGUAAAUUAAUAGUUAUCCUGAUGCUCUUGUAGAAGCACAGGUAUUCUGUCGAUGUCGUAAAAGAUAUCCAAGAACGAUAGGAACAAUGGAAUUUUACACCAACAUCGUUAUACAAUAAAUAUCAAACUUUAUAAUAAGAU